CAUUGUAUGUGAAAACUUUCUUAGUUGUCUUCCUUUUUUAGGUGAGCCAUAUGAAGCUGCAAUUGAAACAAGUAAAUCUGUGAUAUUGUUCCCCCAUUAAAAUGGACUUUGCCAGAGGGCAGCUCUCCAAGUAUGGUUGGAAAGAAGGCAAGGGGUUGGGGAAAGAUGAGGCAGGGAUAAAGGAGCCUCUGAGGCCCAAGUUGAAGUUUGACAAUAGUGGCAUUGGUCAUGAUCCAUGGAAGGAGUUGACAUCAAACUGGUGGAGUGAUGUCUAUGAUUCUGCUGCAGCAAAAGUCACUGUCUCCCCAGCUCAUGAUGGGAAUUUGGUCAUCAGAGCAAGGAUGAAGAAGAAGAAGCGAGAAAAGGAAGCACCAACCUUCCAGAAUGGAGGCAAGGAGACAAAGAAGUCUUUGUACAAAAACUUUGUCAAGAAGGAGACACUGCAUGAAUUUGGUGUUGUUGAAGUAAAUGGUUCCAAAGAUGGCCAUGAACAUGAGCAGCCCACAACCUCCAAGAUUGCACUCCCCUCUGAUGAGGAUAUCUUGGAGAAAUGCAAGGGACGCACCAUGCACAGAGGUGCCCGACACGGACUGAAUCAGACAGGGAAGCUGAAGAGGCUGAACUUGCAGGAGAGAAGGGAUGUUUGCAAAUCAUCCUGACAAUGAGGAACUUUUGUUUAAGAUUUGUCCCUCCUUUUCAGUGGGAUAUGUUUUUGAAACAAGAUGGCAUAAGUUAUUCAUGCGCAUAAUACAUUUUGGGUGGCAUCCCAUCAUUUUAUAAGGAUUUAUGCUUCACUUUGUAAUAUAGUUCUUCACACUCUGAUGAGGGCACAUAUCCUCACUACCGCAUGCAGGGAGGGCAUAUAUGAGAAGCCUCUCUCCCACAUGCAGAAUUUGGUCCUUAUGAACUCCUUCAUGCAAGAAAGAAUCUUCAGAGCUCUCACUUGCCUACAAUGCUCUUAAGAUGGAUGGAGUUCACUUGCUGCAAAAUAGGUCCAUUCUCAGAUUGUCCACUGGCCCACUGUGUUGUCCGACUGGGGAUUCAAGACACACUAUGUGCCAGGGCAAGACGAGGACACAGUAAGGAAAAGUGGACAGCUAUUGCCACUCAGCGUGGGAACUGGGGGACUCUUCCCCUCUACUCCUUACAUCAUAGCAGGGCACGAGGAGGACUCCACGACUGCUACUCAUAG